GGAGAAAAUAGAUACGAACAAUGCUCCGCCAUUUAAGCUGUGUCGUCACUUGGAAAAAAAGUUCACCCCGCCAAAUCGACUGUUCUCAGCGUCGUCCACUACAUCAAUCCCAACAGCAAUUCCCGACAGAGGCAAAUUAGACUCAUAUUUUGCAUACCCAGUAUCUCUAUAGCAUAUAGAAGUUAUAAAAUGCCGCUCAUCAUCGUCACUGGCCUGCCGACGUCGGGCAAGUCGACACGCGCAGCUCAGCUUCACAAGUAUCUCUCGACAAAGAUUGUCGAUUCCAAAUACCGUCUCCAUCUUAUUUCCGACGACGCCUUGUCGAUAUCCCGAACCGUCUACGAUCUGUCACCGUCUGCCGUGCCGGCGCAUACCCGCUCUGCCAACGCCUCCGAGAAGGAUGCCCGAGCCUCUAUAUAUGGCGCAGUCAAGCGCGUACUCUCCGAUAAAGAUAUUGUCAUUCUCGACGGCAUGAACUACAUUAAAGGCUGGAGAUAUCAACUACAUUGCGAAGCCAAAGCCCUGCGAACACCGAGCUGCAUCCUCCAGAUUGGAUGCACGGUCGACCGAGCGAAGCAAGUCAAUACUGAACGUCUGGAAAAUAAGGACAGCAAACAGCCUGAAGCAUACGAUCGUAGCAACUGGGAAAACCUCGUCUUUCGUUACGAAGAACCUAAUCCGAUGACAAGGUGGGACAGCCCGCUCUUUACAAUGAUUUGGGAAGACGACGAGGCCCAAGCUACAAAGACGUUCGAUUCCAUGUGGGACGCUAUAGCGGGCGAGGGCCGUAAAAUUAUUCGACCGAACCAGGCCACAGAGCAGCGCGGGCGCGAUGCUGAUGGCGACUACCUUUAUAUUUUGGACAAGGAGACGCAAGAUGUGGUCAAGCGAAUACUCGACCAGCAGGUUGAAGACGCUGGUGGCGAGGUCCGUAUACCACUUAGCGCACCAGACCAGGAAGAUUUGAUAGUUGAGCUUCCUGCGGGUAGAAAGGUCGGCUUGCCACAGCUACAAAGGCAUCGACGAGCGUUUAUGGGGCUGAACCGGGGAGGAAUUGGACUGGAGGCCGUGGGUAACAUGGCUGGGGAUAGAUUACGGGGGUCAUUUGUUCGAUAUCUAAACGCAGCAUUUGAAAACGACGAAUAGAUGGGCGUGUUUCGGUUUGAUAGAUUAAAAGCAUAUCUCCUUAUAACAAGCUGGAUAGUGUUUGGUAGCGAAUAUCAGCACAACACGAAAUUAUACACGAUACGAAUCGAAUUAGACGCUCAUGAGGUCUGUGCUAUAAACAGACGGUCGUUCUCGUAUGAAACUGUCCAAUCUUAAUACGCCACCGCAACGGCGAAGGAGUCAUGGACGAUGC